CCACGCUGCCGUCCCGCACCGCCUUACGGUUCGUCUUCUUGGCUUCCGCGCUCGUUCUUGCCUUCGCCUGCUCCUCUCCUCCUCCUCCCUCCUGGCUUCCAAACUCUAGUGUUCUUGCUCUCCUCCCGAGGGCGAUCGCCAUUUGCGACCGAUCAUGCCGCUGUUCCUUUCCGAGGAGGAGUCCCGGCUCCCCUCUCACGACGCCGCGACGGUGUCGGGGAGGGCCGAUGCCGUCAUUCGGGAUCUCCACCUCCAGGUCGACACGGCCAAGGCGGAGAAGGACGCCGCCGCCAUUGCCGCCGAGCAGACCUGCGCCCUCUUGGAGCAGAGGUACGAGUCCCUCUCCGAUGACCUUACUCGGCUCCGGUCCGAGAACGCCCAGCUCUCCGCCUCCAUCGAGCAGAGGCUCUCCGAACUCGCCGAGGUCCAGGCCGAGAAGCACCGGCUCCAUCUCAAGACUGUUGAAAAGGAUGGAAAGAUAGAGAGACUGUCAUUGGAAACGGUGGAACAUCACAAAUCCAAGCGCCAGCUUCUGGAAUUGGUGGAACAAAAAGAUGCGGAGAUCAGGGAGAAAAAUGCCACCAUCCAGAGCUAUCUUGAUAAGAUCGGUAGUUUGACAGACAAUGCUACUGCAAAGGAGGCUAGGCUGCAUGAUAUUGAAGCAGAAUUGGUGCAUUGUCGUGUGACAUGUAAUCGUCUUACUCAGGAGAAAGAACUGCUUGAGCAGCAUAAUGUAUGGCUUAAUGAGGAGUUGAGUGCCAAAGUUAAGAGCCUCAUUGAACUACGUAAAAUGCAUAUGGAUGUUGAGGCAGAUAUGUCUGCUAAGCUUGCUGGUUUUGAAAGACAGAUUGAUGAAUCUUCGAUAUUGUUAACAUGGAGUAGAGAAAGAGUAAGGGAACUAGAGAUGAGAAUCACCUCUUUGGAAGAGGAGUUAUGCUCAUCUAAGGACACUGCUGCUUCUACUGAAGAGCGUUUUGCUGCUGAGCUAUCAACUAUCACAAAGCUUGUUGAACUUUACAAAGCAAGUUCCGACAAAUGGUCCAAAAAGGCAGGGGAGCUUAAGGGUGUUAUCGAAGCACUGGAGAUACAUAUGGCUCAGGUCAAAAAUGAGUACAAAGAGAAACUUGAAAAGGAAGCAUCACUUAGAAAGGAUCUUGAAAAGGAAGCUGCAGACAUGAAAAUGAAGCUAGAAAAGUUCGGAGCUCAAACUGAGAAUGCAAAGGCUGAUGAGUUGAGCCUUCUUCCAGUAGCCAGUGUCCAUGCCAAUCCAACCUUGCAAGAACUUGAUAACACGCAUGAGGAUGGCCAGUUGGUUGUCCCUAGGAUUCCAUUAGGUAUUUCUGAAACAGCAUUAGCUGCUUCUCUUCUGCAAGAUGGUUGGAAUCUUGCUAAAAUGUAUGAGAAAUAUCAAGAAACCUUUGAUGCUUUGCGGCAUGAGAAGUGGGGUCGGAAGCACGCAGAAGCCAUUUUGGAACGGGUACUGCAUGAAAUAGAACAGAAGGCUGAGAUAAUUUCAGAUGAACGAGCUGAACAUGAGAGAAUGGUGGAAGCAUACUCUUCGAUGAAUCAAAAAUUUCAGCAGGCGCUAUUGGAGCAUGAUAAUUUUGAGAGUAGUAUUAAGAACUUAAAGUCUGAGUUGAAGAGGCGUGAACGUGAUCAUACUAUUGCACAAAGGGAAAUAAGUGAUCUUCAGAAGCAGGUAACAGUUCUUUUGAAGGAAUGCCAAGAUAUUCAAUAUCGCUAUGGUGCUGCCCCUCAGGUUCAUGCUGAUAAAUUUCUUACUCCAAGUUCGGUUGAUACUGAUGAUGGCAUGGCUGCGAGGAACGAGAUCUCUCAACCUCUUAUGACGUUUAAGGACAUACAUGGAUUAGUGGAGCAGAAUAUCCAGCUUCGAGGCAUUGUGCAUGGUCUUACAUGUGAAGACGAAAAAAGAGAUGCUGAACUAAGGGUUGGAAUGCAUAAGAGGUUGUGUGAAGAAGAACGUACGCUUCAUGCUUCUAGCCAUAUUUACACUGAAUCUAUGCCUGAAGAUGGCAGGAAGGAUCUUAUGCUUCUUUUUGAAGAUUCUCAGGAAGUUUCAAAGAAAGGAUCCAAGAAAGUUGCUGAAUGUGCUAGAAAUCUUGAAGAGGAUUUGGCUAAAUUAAGGGAGGAACUUGCAUCUGCACGUUCAGAGCGUGAUAAGAUGGCCCUGGAAUCCAGUUUUGCUGGAGAAAGACUUGAUGGCUUCAUGAAAGAAUUUGAACACCAGAGGGAGGAGGCAAAUACAGUUUCAGCUAGAAAUAUGGAGUUGACACACUUGCUAGUUGAUUAUGAAAAGCGUAUCCGAGAAAGUUCUGAUUCUUCACAAGCCUGUGAAGAGAAUUUGCGAAAGCUUUCUGUGGAGGUCUCUAUUUUGAAGAAUGAAAAAGAAAUCCUACUAAAUUCGGAGAAAAGAGCUUUGGAUGAAGUUCAUAGUUUGUCUGAGAGAGUGCAUCGUCUUCAGUCAAGCCUGGACACAAUGCAAAGCACUGAGGUGGUGCGAGAGAAUGCAAGAGCUAUGGAGAGGAGAAAACAGGAAGAGCAUUUCAAACAAGUUGAAAGAGAUUGCGCAGAAGCUAAGAAGGAACUUCAGGAAGAGCGAUAUAACGUUCGGAUCCUAAUGCUUGAUAAGGAAAUGUCAAAGGAGAAUUCCAUGAAACAGGUGGAAGAAAUGAGAAAAGACUUAGCUGACGCUUGGCGAGCUGUUGUGUCAGCUGAAUCAAGGGCGGCUGUGGCAGAGGCCCGGUGCUCUGAUCUGGAAGCCAAAAUUCGCUGUACAGAGAAAAAGUUUGCAUUAGCAGGCCAGUCCAGGGUACGGGGCAUGCUGCUUGGUGUCCACCUAUGUGGACCUGUAUUGACAUGUGCUGGUUUGGUUACUCGUGUACGACACUUUCUUAGUUGGUUUGCUCUUGAUGGUCAUCCUGUUCAUGAUAAUCAGAGUGGCCUGAUGGCCUUUAAACAAUGGGGAUUGGGGACCCUUGCACACAUUGUACUUAAGCUCCUAAGAGGAUUGCCUGAGAGUUAUGUUAUUCUCCAGGCUGAGACACUUCAAGAGUUGACAAAUACUUCUAAAGAACUGUCUUCAUUGCAAAAUGAAGUACCAAAGCUUCAGGAAAUUUUAGAUGCGCAAAAGACUGAAAAUGAUGUUCUGAAAGCAUCAUGGGAAAAUGAAAAAUCUGAGUUGCAAGCACGAAAGGAUGAAGCUGAGAGGAAGUACAAUGAAAUAAAUGAGCAGAAUAAAAUAUUGCACAAUCGAUUGGAAUCUUUGCACACUAGAUUAGCUGAAAGGGAACGAAGUUCUGCUGGAUUUUCUUCCCAAAAUGUAGAUUCGCAAACUGAGAGUGACUUACAACAUGUUAUCGGCUAUCUUCGCAGGUCAAAAGAAAUUGCUGAAACUGAAAUAUCCUUGCUGAAACAAGAAAAGUUGCGGCUACAAUCACAACUUGAGAGUGCUAUGAAGGCAUCUGAAAGAGCUCAAGCCUUGCUACAUUCUCAUCAUGAAAAUUCUGGAGCAAUAUUGUUCAAAGAUGAAGAAUUCAAGUUUCUACAGCUUCAGGUGAGGGAAGUUAAUUUGCUUCGUGAAAGCAACAUGCAGCUUAGAGAGGAGAACAAGCACAAUUUUGAAGCAUGUCAGAAACUUCGUGAUGAAGCACAAAAGGCUAACUUGGAAGCUGAAAAAUUUGAAAAUCUUUUAAGAGAGAAGCAAAUAGAGUUUGAUGCUUGCCAAAAACAGGUUGAGAUGUACAAGAUGGAGAUAUGGCAUUUGAACAAUCGGAUUGACGAGUUAGUUGAAAGUUGUAAAAAUAUUAAUCUUGCGGAAUAUGAGCAGAUGAAGGAUGAGCUCCAACAGAUUAAGAUCCUGCUGAAGGAAAGUGAGAUGGAAGCUCAGUUGAGGAAGAAUCUUCUUUUCGAGAAACAGGAAAUGAUAUCAAACUUGGAACAAGCCCUUGUAAAAUGUCGAUCAGAAUUAGCUGAACAAGUGAAAAGGCUAAAUGAUGCUCUAAUUGAGGCAAAUAUCAAACCAGAAAAUGAGAAACAAAAGAAGAUUCUCUCUCUUUUGAAGAAAAAGAAUGAAACCUUGACAAAGGAGGAACUGAACAAGGACAAGCAAGGCCUUUUGAAAGGGAUAGAAGAUUUAAAAUCAAGUACAAUUGACCAUAGUCUUAUCUGUUGCACGUUUUGUGCACUUUUCCUAAUCUGGUCAAACUUGACAGGGAGGAAGAACAUAGCUGAUGGUUUGGUGGACCAAGCCACAAAGGAGAAGAUCACCAGAACACAGAUGCUGGAGAAAACUCUAGAGAGAGAGAGGAGGGAUGACAACAACGAGAAAGCAAAGCAACAAAAGAAUGAAAGGGCAGUACUUGAGCUUAUUCAGACAGUAAACAAGUAUCUUUUUUAUUCUUAUUGUGCAUUUUUACAUGGAACUGCAAUAACCGAUAUUCAACUUUCUCCUUGGUUUAGCUUGGAUGAAGACACUCAUAAAUUCUUCUUUUCCAUGUCUAAGUUCGAACAAGCAGUGAAUUCCCCUCUAAAGGAUGGACAGGGAUGUCAUUUCCUCCCUUCAGAUGCUUCAACUGGAUCCAUGGCCAUUGCAGGUCGGCAGUUUCCCUCUCGACAGGUAAGACUUUCUACACCUCAUACGAAGGCAACACCAGAAAAAGAGAAGGGGUCUGCCAUGGUCAAACCAUUUAAUGAAGUCCAUAAGGUAGGGAGGCAUCUUGUACGUUCUCGUCUUGAGAGGUCUGAAGAACCUCAAGUUGACAUAGAAAUGUCAGGAAUAAAAGGGUCUACAACAGAGGAGAGGAAGGUUGGUACAUCUCACGAGCCAGAAAUUUCAGGUGACAUUUCUUUGCAACAUCCAUCUGCUCGCAAACGCCUAGCUUCAUCAUCAGCAUCAGACCUAAGAGAACAAUUUGUUGCACGAGAUGAGAGUGGAUGUGAUGUUGCACCUCCACUGAAGAAAUCCAAGAACUCUGAUAUACAAGAGGGCAAUGAAGCACAAAUUGUCCCAUCACCUUCUGAGAAUCCUGAUUCACUGCAACAGUCAUGUUUAUCUACUGAUAUUUCUGAUAUACAACCGCCUGUGGAAGACAUGGAAUCUGAUCAAGCUCCAGUCUUGUUGAGUGAGGACAUUGUUGAAACAGCAAGGGCGGAUGAUACUACAACCAAGGAAGAAAUAGAGGAACAUCAAAGGAUACCCCUGCAUGGCACAAAUCAAGAAGAUGACAUUCAGUAUGAAGGUGAUGCUAUUGUAGAAGAGGUUGCUGAUAAGUCAAAAGCACCAGUGGAGUUGCUCGACAAAUGCCUAAAGAACAAAGAUGGAAAAGAAAUGCUGCAGUUUUUAGCUGCUGAUGGUGAAGAUGAGAUGGAAGAGGAGUCGACACUUUUUGAAGCAGAACAGCAACAACAGGAUGGUACAUCAGUUGAAUGCCAGCGUGAGUCUGUGCCUGGUGAUGGAGAUCAGAUCGGGGAUGCAACUUCGGAGAUUGUUGAGGUUGCCUCUCCUGCAGUUGAGAGUGAGAAGAGUGAAAGUGUUGAUGUCAUGAAAGAGGUUGCUGAGGGCAAUGAUAACAGCGAUCGUGGUGCUUCUGAUACUGUCCAAAGUCCACUGACAUCUGCAGGCAUAUCUGAGGGUUCACCAAGCACUCCGCAUGGUUCAGUUUCUGAACAGCACACUAAUACUGUUGCAGAUAUGGAAGAAUCACAGGGCCACAGAACAAUAACCAUGUUUGAGAGAGCUAAACAGAAUGCCAUUUUGAGACAACGAGCCAGAAUGACAGCUCAGCCCCCCCUCCAGAGGCCAGGCAGCGCUGCUGGUAGUUGCAGGAGAGAUGGCAAUCGAGGUGGAUCACAAGGUGGCUGAGGUGGGCGUGGGUCAUCAUUGAGUGAUAGAGAGCAAGAUUGAUUGAUAAUAAGCCCCUGAACAUUACAUUUGUAAAUUUGUAAAUUUGCUGAAUUUGUAAAUUUGUACCGUCUCCGGAUGUGCUCAAGAGUUUGGUUGAGCUGUGCUUUAGUUUGUAGAUUGCUAAGAUGAAUUUUGCUUUCCAGUUGUGUUGCUUUUGUUCGGCUUCUUUGAAGCAUUUUGUCAUCAUUAAAGCCCGUGUCAUGCCUUGUAAAAUUUUACUGACCCGUACGCUAGCAUAUGAUUGGAUUCAAUGAUAACUGGAGAAAAUGUUCAUCUCAUUGUCUUUGGACUAAAUAUGCAUACCGUUGUCACUUAUUCUCUGCAGCAUCA